CUCGGCGAUAGGGCACUGUAUCGAGAGUUCGGCGCUUCCCAAUCAAUCCCGUCGACGGUCUUUUCUCUUUUUCGUGGGCCAGACAUUGACACAUCCCUUCACUUCGUUCUUCCUCCCGCUCGUACCUACAUAUGUAGAUCGAUGCAGCUGCUUCGACCUCUCGAUUCUUUCUCUCAACUUUCCCAAUCCAAUCCAACAAACACCCCCGACCACUCCGAUCUUGGUCUCCCUUUGCCGAGUCACUACUUAGACUACACGAGUCAAGCUUAGACUUCAACAACCCCACCAUCCCACCUCGUGCCGGCAAUUCUUUUUAGCUACCUCGAGUGUAUUCGAUAUCUUUCUUGGAUUGCCUUCCGCUGUACAUCCAACAAACUCAAAUCACAACAGCCAACAUGUCGACAAGUCAGGAAACGCAGCCACACUGGUCCCUCAAGCAGUCGUUUGCUGAGCGGGUAGAGAGCUCGACGCAUCCCCUCACCAGCUACCUCUUCCGCCUGAUGGAGGUCAAGCAGUCCAACCUCUGCCUCAGCGCCGAUGUCGAGCAUGCGCGGGAUCUCCUCGCCCUUGCCGACAAGGUGGGCCCCUCGAUUGUCGUCCUCAAGACCCACUACGACCUGAUCACAGGGUGGGACUACCACCCGCACACGGGCACCGGCGCCAAGCUGGCCGCCCUUGCCCGGAAGCACGGCUUCCUCAUCUUCGAGGACCGCAAGUUCGUCGACAUUGGCAGCACCGUCCAGAAGCAGUACACGGCCGGCACCGCGCGCAUUGUCGAAUGGGCCCACAUCACCAACGCCGACAUCCACGCCGGAGAGGCCAUGGUGAGCGCCAUGGCCCAGGCCGCGCAAAAGUGGAGGGAGCGCGUCCCCUACGAGGUCAAGACGUCGGUUUCGGUGGGCACCCCGGUUGCGGACCAGUUCGCCGACGAGGAAGCCGAGGACCAGGUUGAGGAGCUGCGCAAGGUCGUCACCCGCGAGACCAGCACCACAAAGGACACGGAUGGGAGGAAGAGUAGCAUCGUCUCCAUCACGACCGUCACGCAAACAUAUGAGCCGGCCGACUCGCCACGUCUGGUCAAGACCAUCUCGGAGGACGAUGAGAUAGUGUUCCCCGGCAUCGAGGAGGCGCCUCUGGACCGCGGCCUGCUGAUCUUGGCCCAGAUGUCGUCCAAGGGCUGCCUCAUGGACGGCAAGUACACAUGGGAGUGUGUCAAGGCGGCGCGCAAGAACAAGGGCUUUGUCAUGGGCUACGUUGCGCAGCAGAACCUGAACGGCAUUACCAAGGAAGCUUUGGCCCCAAGCUAUGAAGACGGCGAAAGCACGACAGAGCAAGAAGCGCAAGCAGACAACUUCAUCCACAUGACACCGGGCUGCAAGUUGCCGCCACCGGGAGAGGAAGCGCCUCAGGGCGACGGACUUGGUCAGCAGUACAACACGCCCGAUAACCUUGUCAACAUCAAGGGCACCGAUAUCGCGAUUGUUGGGCGUGGCAUCAUUACCGCGGCGGAUCCUCCGGCCGAGGCCGAGCGCUACAGGAGGAAAGCCUGGAAGGCGUACCAGGAUCGCCGGGAGCGUCUGGCAUAGAAGACUGGGGAAUAAGAGAUGGAUGGCGGAGGAUAUUUCGUUUUCAUAUGACUGGGAUGAGCGUCUACAUAAUUCUUGGUGGCAUCAUGUAAUCACACUCAGUUAUUCUGCUGGCCGGGACUGUAUCAGGUCGCAGGCCAUGGAUAUAUCGUGGAAGAAAACAUACCAUAGUCAUUUGUAAGGCACGGGCAAGGAGGGAGGUUGUUAUUUAUCUGGGCCAAGGGUUUCUCUAAGGAUUUGGGCGGCUUCGAACGGCGUUUGGGCGAUAAUAGAUGCUUGGCACUUUUGGCCUGCUGUUUUUUGCUGUGUAUACCACCAUAAUGUCACUUUCUGUACACUAUGUCUUGAACUUUACUUUAUUUGCCUGUGUUUUCUCUUUUCGUUGCAUUCGAUAAGUAGCCAGUUCCCAAAAGCGACGAAUGAUGAAGAUCUUUUUACA